AUGCCAAUCAAGCGCAAAUCCCUGGAGAAAGGCCGAAAGGUCAAACCCCUGCCAACAAAGACCACGGGAGGCAGCGCUGCCUUCACGGUGGUAGAUCCUGCUCGCACGGGAAUCGAUCACAAGCUCCUGCAGGAAUAUGCGAAAGAAAUGCGGCUUGUGGUGCGCAAGGGGAUUAUUUCCGGCUGUGCCAGCAUUGCCUACCACAAGGGCGAGGUCGUUCUGGCGGAUGCUGUAGGCUUGGCAGAUGUGGAGCGAGGCAUCCCGUUUUCAUUCGACACAUACUGUCGCAUGUACUGCGCAACCAAGCCAUUCAUUGCUAUUGCUGUGUUUCGGCUAGCAGAAGCUGGCAAGUUGGACCUGAACGACCGCUUGGACAAGUACAUCCCCGAGUUUGGAAAGGUCCUCGUUCAACCGGAAGGUGCAGACGCGCCUAUCGCGGCAAAGCGCCCGAUCCUGUUGAAGCAUCUCCUUUGCCACUGCUCAGGAAUUGCUUAUGCCCCGGAUGUGGACGAGACUAUUGAGGAUGAGAGUUCGCGGGCCUAUCUCCAGCUACAGCAAGAUGUGCAACAAAAGAGGAUCACUUCACUCGCCGAUUUCGCGCGAGGCAUUGCCAGAGUUCCACUCUCAGAUCAUCCCGGGAACUCCUACUGGUAUGGAUUUUCCUUUGACGUGCUGGGAAGAGUGUUGGAGGUCGUCGGGAGAAAGAGAUUGGACAAGGUUCUGGCCGAGACAGUCUUUGAACCUCUCGGUAUGAAGCAUACCAAGUGGGCUGUUCGAAGAGACGAGCUGCAAAAGCUUUCUGCUUGCUACGCUCAUAAGCCAACCUGGAAGAAGCUGUACGGUCAGACCAAGGGCCGCAUGCCAAGCGCUCUUCGCCCAAGCCUUGUCCGCAUUGAUGGCAACAAGGCGCGUCAGAGCCAUUGGCUUCAGGGACAAGAAUGCCGAGUUCAUUCUGGUGGCGGCUUCAUGGGCUACCUGUACGGCGGCCUAGUCAGCACAGUUGCUGACACGGCACGCUUUGUCCGCAUGCUGAUGCGGAAAGGGAAGUUGGAUGAUGGACAAAGGUUUUUGAGCUCCUCAUCUGUGACCGCGAUGGAGAAGAAUCGCAUGAAAGAAGGGGUAGACCCAGUCAACUACCUUGGCAACAUCGGAACCUACCGCAAGAACGGCACAGAGUAUGGAAUGGGCCUUAGCCUUGAGGCUUCAGAUUCGGAGAAGAGAGAAGGCCGGAAGUUGCGGACAUGCCCCGAGCUCGGAGCAGCAUUUUACGUGCUUGAUGUAACGGCAAGCGAGGCAGCCGUCAAAGCGAAAAACGGCGCUCUGCCCUCAGCUGGUCAUCUGCUGCAGAGCGACCGACCAAACGUGCUAGAUCGGAAUGACUCGAAUGUCCUGGCUAAAGGCAUCCAGAUGGGGGAGCAAUCUCGUCUGAAUUUGGACGACUUGCAGACGGAAGCAUCAGCGCAGAAGGUGGUGGACACUCGACUUGCUUUCUCCUCGAGCUGCUCGGGUGCUCUUUGGGUGCCUUUGCUAGAGAAGGCAUGGGCGCGGAUCAACGGUUCGUUCCAGGCAGCAGAGCGCGGUGAUUCAGCCGAGGCUGUGAACAAGCAAUCACAAAGCACUACCGCCUGCAUCCGGAAAGCGCCGGAAGUCAAUGGGGCGUCUCCUCGAUGCUGUCUGAGUACUUAUCUCCAGGAAACUGGGCCUCGUGGGCAGGCCUUGGGAUCUCUUCGCUCUUCUGGGGACGAGGACUUGACAGGACUCUACCUGCGCCUCUCGCAGUGGGACCGCGAAGGAGUGAAAGAAACUCACAACUUCUACGAUGUGUUCUCUACUUUCAUCCUUCUGUCACGAGGAGCCUCGUUCGCACGCCUGCCUUCUUCAGAAGAGGAGGUUGGGAUGGACCAGGUCCUACGAGCGCGUCUUCUGGAUUCCCUGGCCCGCUUAGGUGGCUACCCUGAGCGCUGUGGCAUUUGCAUAGCAGCAGAGGACACGGUGUCCGAGGGCAUCGACGGUCGCUUUCGGAUCGGUACCGGUGCUCGAGCAUCCUCGUUGGACCCUGCGGUGGCCCAACACGUGAAGCAAAGACUUCCUGCUGGCAAAUAUUGCCACGCACUGGCAUUGGACAGGCGCCAUUGGGACGACCUGCACGUAUCCCCACUGGAAAUCCAGGAGAUGUUCGCCAGGGAUGUCGUCCAUGGCCGACAAGUGCUGCUGUUGCGUGGCCCUUCUGCGCCUGAAGACAACGAGAUGCGAGCAGCGCUCCGCUUUGCAGCAUCUGUGCGAGCAGUGACUGUCAGUACUUCGAUGCUUCUCGGAGCUCUCGAUGAGAUGAUUGCGGACAUGGCUGAUCUGUUGGUUGGUAUCGACCUCUUACUGCUUCUUGGCCUGCCCGCUGGCUUUGGAGCUCUGUUGGCUGUGGAGCUCAGCUGCCGGUAUUCUGUGCAGGCACUAGAUGUGGGGCAGCUGUCCUUGACAGCACCGCCUGGAACGAAGCCGGCUGCUCCUCUUACGACGUUGGGCAGCAAAGACCAGACUCCUCAUUGGGAGCCGCAGCUCCGUCGAACACUCGGACAACAUAUUCCUCUGAACGGCCUGUGGGAAGUCCAAAUUACAACAGACACCGCCAGACUGCAAGACUUGGUGGAAGGAGCUUGGCGAAAGAUCGAGGUGCCCUUUGCACCGCAGUCUCACAAAGGUUUGGCCACGAAGGUUUCUGCGUCGGAGGCCGUCUGGUACCGCCGGAUGCUGCAUGUGCCCACGAGCUGGUGCACUAGUUUGGGGCGAACUCUUUGGCUUCAAGUGGAUGCUUGCGACUGGGAAUGUGCUGUCUACUUGGACUCUAAGCCGCUUGGGAUCCAUCGGGGUGGUUACGACGCUUUCCGCUUGGAGAUCCCCGGGCUUUCCGCUUGCUCCAAGCAGGGCAUCCCUGAGGUCAGAACACUUCUGGUCCGGGCUUGGGACCCGACGGAUGAGGGCUGCCCAUUCACAGACCACCCUCCGAUACCGUGUGAGAGCUGCUGUGAGAGUGGCUGGCAGCCGCGUGGCAAACAAGCCCUGAAGCCUGGUUCCAUCAUGUACACGGCGGUGACCGGCAUUUGGCGACAAGGCAUUUUUCUGGAGCAUCUUCCUGGCUGCCACAUCCGGAAUCUGCAUAUCAGGGUACGCAAGGAUGCGCCUCGCAAGCUUACUGUCGCCGUGGACGCGACAUGUGAGAAGCAGCUUUACUUGGAGGUGCGCGAUCUGAAGGGUGCACUCCUCGGAAUUGCUCGCGGCCCGUGCUGCGAGCUGCAUGCAGAACUCGAACAGGCACUGCAGCUGUGGUCACCUGAGGACCCUCAACGGUACGAAGCUCACGUAUCGCUGGGUGCCGACACGGACACCGACACUGUGAUUCGACGCUUCGCACGCCGAUUUGUUGCAGUCAAAGAUGGUCGCUUUCUGCUGAACGAUCAGGUCCUGUUUGUGCAUGGGGUGCUGUAUCAGGGCUACUGGCCGGAGUCGUUGCUCACACCACCGGACUCGGGAGCCAUCAGCCGUGACCUUGAGAUGAUCAAGGCCGCAGGCUUCAACACGGUUCGGGUGCAUGCUGUGGUCAUGGGGGAAGCUUUCUACGAUGAGUGCGACAAGCUCGGCCUGCUCGUGUGGCAGGACAUGCCAGCCGGUGACAUGCGUGCGAUGCCAACGUGGUCAGAAGGACGUGCGGUCGCCGAGGAAGAGAUCGGCACAGAAGCACAGAGGUUGAAAGUUCCCGUUCCUCGGUCGCUCUUUGAUGAGAUUCGGCGAUCACACGAAAGUCGAAGAGCCUUUGAAACUGAGCUGCAGGCCAUGGUCGGAGCUUUGUCGCACUUCGCUUCUGUUGCUGUCUGGGUGCUCUUCAACGAGGGUUGGGGCCAAUCGAACACGAAGGCAUUGGUGCAAUUUCUGAGGGGCCUUGACCCCAGCCGGCUGAUCGAUGCCAAUAGCGGAUGGAAUGAAGUCGAAGGUGGCCCGUUGGGUGACUUCGCAGAUCUUCACAACUACGAAGACAACUCAUCAAUCUUCGGGCCACUUGCAAUGAGCUUCCAGAACUUUGCCGCCUGGGGCUACACUGUUGGAGGUCGAGUGCCAGCUCUGGGUGAGUACGGCGGCUUGGGAUAUGCAGUGGAAGGCCACGGCUGGUCUUCCUACAAUUCGUGGGGAUAUGGGGAGAAGCAAGUCAACCGUCACCGGGAAGUUUAUGCCACUGCGCUGGAGAAGCUGCUUCUGCGACUACUUCCAUGCAUUUGCGACGGGCUGGGUGCUGCAAUCUACACUCAAUGGAACGAUGUUGAAACCGAAGUCAAUGGUUUGCUCACCUACGACCGCCACCUGAAGCUCCCAAUGGAGUUUUACCAAGAGUUCUCUCGAAUGGUGCAGGAGUCCGCGCACAAGUGCGUGUCUGUGCCCAGCAAGGUCGCCAGUCCUGAGCAAGACACGCAGGAGCAGGUGUGGUCCGCAAUGGAGACCGCAGCAAGACGAGGCCAGCCAAUGUGUGCCAGCUGUCAGGGCAAGAAGAAGAAAUCCCAAGUUCAGCAGGGAGAGGAAGGUGGGAUUCUCGGAAGCCUAUGGAACAUUGGUGGCGCGUGGAAAUCCGGAUCACAGCAGGUCACUGACAACGUGUUAAAUGAGGAUAGCGAGUACGAGGAGGAUCAAGUCGAUGAAGUGACUGGGCUGGUCGGAGCACACUGCUACACGGUCUUGGCGGCAAUGGAGGUCGCUGCCGACAAUGGGAAGAGCUGGUUCCGCAAAGAGCGCUGGGUUCGAUUGAGGAACCCAUGGGGGACCGGACGAUGGAAGGGUCCGGCGCCCAAGAAGGGCAGCCUGCCGUUCAGCUCAGCCGUCUUCGACUGCAUUGGGGAGAAGGUUCGGCGAGGUGCCGAACGGAGCGACACCCAAAAGCAGCAGGAUGCUCCCGAAGGCCCGGUGACAGAAACUGACCCGGGAACCUUUUGGAUGCGUUUGGCUGACUUCGUGGAUGAGUUCGCCACCGUUUGCGUCUCCGAAUACCGCACCGGCUACGUCUCCAGCAUCUUGCCGGUCCAGCCCAAGCAAACGUUGAAAGGAGCACAAACGCAGGUUUCUGCCACUUUGCGGCUGCUCGCAUCUGCUGAACGCACGCACCUGGGCGAUGCCAAGCCCUUGCAUGUCGUCAUUUCCGUGUUGCAAGACUCGGAUGAGCUGUUCACCCGGAACAAGCGCAGGAAGUACUCAUCUGCUCGUAUCGAAGUGCUUGAGAUCACGUCGCCAAUAGAUUCCGCAUCUCCCACGUCUGCAUGUCAAACCCAGGGAAGCCGACAUGUGGCGUCAUCCAGCUUCGGUGCGCAGCGUGAAGUUCUACUACCGGUCGAAAUGAAAGCAGGUACACACUACUUGGUGAUUGUCCACUGGUUGCAAGCGUCACCAGUGAGCAGCUGGAACCGCGAGGGCACAUUGCGAGUGUACGCCCCGUGUCCUGCAAGGCUUGAGUACGGCCCGGGGGCAUCCAUGGCAGCUCAGCGAGAGGCCUACGAAGCAGCCGCCAUGGGACCACGCGGUGCUUGUCUCAAGGAGGAACAAGGCGCUCAGCUGCGCUGCUGGAGUGACCGUGAGUCUGGGACUAUUGCUCUUUGCUUUGAUGCCUCGAGCGCCCCAGCCGGGCUGCUGGCAUCUCUGACGUGGAGAUUGCAGAACGCCUUGCUUCAGCCCAACUUCCCAAGCUGGGAGGGAAGCAUUCCAGUGGCUGGUGAUGAGCAACAUACGCAGCUUGUGGACCUGAAGCCCGGACAGCGUCAGCUCACAGUUGUGUCGUGGCUUGAUCCCUCGAAGUCGUUCUCGGCGAACUACUCCUGGCAAGCAACAGCAGACCCAUGCUCAGAAUGUCGUGCUCCCGUCGGCACCAGAGUGCCGGGCCGCUUCUCUGGAGCUUACAGAGUGCUGAGCCAGAGCGAUCCGGGAGGGCCAGCCACUCUGCAUGAGGAGUGCUUCGAAAAGUUCAUGAUGCGAGCUGCCCCGAGAUGCUUGCAGUGUUCUGAAGCUAUCGUGCGCAUGCCCGGCCGAUUUUCAGGACAGUUCUUUGCUUACACCGCGAACCAGCUUGGCAAUCACGCAGCAGGCCAGGUCCAUUCCGAGUGCCACGAGGCGUUUCAGAAGAAGUUUGCGAAGCCCAGAUUUGCUUACACUGCGGCCUGCACUGGUCUCAGAAACCCCGGCCGGGCAUUCGGGGAGCCCGGAAUUACAGUGCACCGCGACACCCAGAGGCCGGUGAUGCAGUUGGCCGGCCAGUUCAGUGGGAAGCAUUUCAACUACAAGGCAGGCCGCAGGGCGGCGCCCGCAUCCCGCAACUCCACUACUCAGCAGUUGCCGGCAGCAGCAUUGCUUUUCAGUCAGGAUGCACAUUUUGGGAAGCACGGUGCGAUGCUCGGAGCGGACAAGAGGAGUGUGAGCGGCGCAGUGAAGCUGAUGGGUCGAGGCAACGGACCUGUCCACGAGGCAGGAAACUGGAAGCUUUUCAAGUCGCCUCAAUGGGAAACGUGUGCAGUGCCAGUGCAGGAAUGUCACCUGUCCUUCCUGCGGAAGUGGAUACAUUUCACAAGCUCUGAGGCAAGAACGCUGCGCAAGGCCGUGGAGCAACACUUCCAGGCGAAGCCGAAGCCAGCCACCAAAGACUGGGCUGGUACUGGCGUCGCCCAGAAGUUGCAGAAGAGGGUCCUUGCUUCAGAGCACCUCGCUCGUCUGCUGAUGCAGCGCGUUGAAGGAACGGAGCUGCUGAUUCGAAGAGUGAAUCAGUCCUUGUUCCUGCUCACACGGGACCAGGAGUCGUUGAAAGUUCCUACAGAGAUCUGCGAGAGGAGGCUGCUUCUUCGGAGCCAGCGGCCGGAAGAGGAGAACGUUGAGGAUGACUUCCAGCUGGCCUUGGAGCGGGAAGAGCGUGUUCUCUCAUCCAGCAGCAGACACCUUGGUAGCUACAUCGAUGCUGGCGAAAAGUUGCUUGAUGCUCUGAUGGCCGCAAAAGACGAACUGGUGGCAGACAUGCAGUUCAAGAAGCAUGCACUGCGUUUGGAGAAAUCGGCGCUGCAAUUUGACCCUUAUCACGGCAAGAGCAAAGGCCCGCCUUUGCCAACGUUUACGAAGAAACCAGAGGUCGCGAAGCAACCGGUGGACUUGGCACCACCCUUCCAGUUGGAGCGCCCGCCGAACUCGGAGAAGGGCGGGGUGAUCAAGUUCACAACCAGCAGCGGGUCUCAGCUACCUUUCCUCGUCCGUCAACUUACGGACAGCGGACGAGGGGAGAAGGGUGUCCGUGUCGAUCAAGCCGUGCGGUAUUUGGGGCGCCUUCGCGCAUUGCGGUUCGAGUGUGACAACUACAACGCGGCCACUCGCCCGGCAGAUGCACAGCGCUUCUUGGAAUUCUGCUCCUCUUGUGGCGUUCAAGCUGGAGAACGCCCUGUCGAUUUGCCCGGUUUGGAUGAGCUUAUUCAAACCGUGGAAGGCGAGAUCGAGGAUUUGGAGAGUCUGAGGGAAGAGAUCGGCUCCGGUCAUGUGCAAUUCACAGCCCUGGCUGAGGUUUUUAUCCCGGGAAAGAAGGUGUUCAUGCAAGUGGAGGGUUUGAGCGAGCCGGUUGGCAUGACGGUAUUGCAGAGCUGGUACCAACAGCAGCAAACUCUCUUUGGACCGGAGAAGUCUUUCCACAUGGAGCUAGAAUUCUUGGCAUACUUGGGAUCCAGUUUCGCGCUCGUCAACUUUCAAGAGGUCAUGUCUGCCUACAAGGGCGUCCGAAGAUUGGAUUCUUUGUUCUAUAUAGCAAUGACUUCACAGGUGCUGGAGAAGCUGCAUCAGCGUGGCAAGAAGUACAGAGAUGCAGCCAUGAGCUCACCGUAUGUGCAGUAUUCGCGCGGCUCCUUCUUCGCGCAUGGGCGUGCGAAGCAUGCCACCCUCUCAGGGGGCCGCGUCAUGCUAGACACACAGCGUGGCCACGAGUACGGCCAUCAUGCUGCUCGUGGUGGAGACAACUGCUCUUUAGCUCUCCAGCAAGCGCUGCGAACCUUCAAGCUGCAGCAGAAGCACGGCACUGAAACUCUUCGCCUGGUUCAGGAUCCUCAGGAUUCCGAGCUUUGGAUGGCCUGGCCAGCCAUGGUUGGGUUUUCCUUCACUGCGAAGUGCUGGGGCCAAGUAUUGGUGGCAGAUACCUCCCCAAUUCAAUUCCGAGCAGAUGCAUUUCAACAGCUUGUUCUACCUGACGACACGAAGGAGAUCAUCCGGUCUGCUGUGCGGCACGCCGGCACAAGCGGCCUGGACUUCAUUGAGGGCAAGGGAGAUAACACAAUCUUUCUGCUGUAUGGUCCACCUGGCUGUGGCAAGACACUGACGGCUGAAGCUAUCGCUGAGAUGCUUCACAUGCCGCUCUAUGUGGUUACAGCUGGUGAUCUCGGCAUCAACGCGCAGGAAGUUGAGCAGAACUUGUCGCAGGUGCUGCACCUGUGCAGUGAAUGGAACGCCCUCACACUCAUUGACGAGGCUGACAUCUUCCUUGAGGCCCGGAGCUCCUCUGAACUGCAGCGGAACGCGCUGGUUUGCGUCAUGCUCCGGCUGCUGGAGUAUCACCAAGGAAUCCUCUUCUUGACCUCAAACAGGGCCAGCAACAUCGAUCCUGCAGUCAGGUCCCGCAUCACCGUGGCACUUCACUACGAGCCAUUGAGCCAGAAAGGUCGCGAGGCAGUUUGGCGGAACCUUCUUCAGAAACUUCCGCAUUCCCAAGCAGACCCUUCCAAGCUUUCACGCCAUGUGCUCAAUGGCCGGCAGAUCAAGAGUUGCCUGCUGCUCGGCAAUGCCUUGGCCGCCGAGCGUGGCGAGGAAUUGAGCGGAGCUUUGAUUGAGCGGGCUGUGGUUGUGGUAGCGGAUCGCACCGGAGAAGGCAGCGAAGACGUACUGGAAGAGCAUCCUCAGUCAUCUCGAAGAGUCUACAUGCCAGGCGUGCUGCAGACUACAACGGUUGCUGCGAUGCCCCGUGGCCGCACAAUACUGCAACAGGAUGCGUCGGGCUCGACUAUCGUGACGCCCAGGGUGUCGCGGGAAAGGCCUUUACAACCCAAAGACUCGUCAAGCCCGCUUCUCCCUGGCAGUACUGGGUUACCCAGCAGUAUCCUGGUGCCGGCAAGUCCGAGACUGAUCUCGACCAGCACAUCCACCAGCCUUGCGUCAGUGGCAACUCGCGGUCCGAGCAUCGGUUUGCGAAGCAAGCCCUCGCAAUCACAGAGCCUGUGGGAGCCGACUCAAAGUCAGCGGCAGCAGCGAGCUUCAUCGCAUCUUGUCUUGGGCCAUGAUGCAAACCCCUUCCAGCAGAACGGGCCCGCAUCAAGCGGUAUUCCGCCUGACGCCACGACGUUCACGGAUGCAGCCCCACAGCUGCACUCCUGA